CAUCUGGGGAGGACUCCUGCGUUCGUCACGCGCCGCACACACUCAAAAUCACGGUUGAUGAACUAGUCCCGCCGAUGCCCAGCAGAGAUGCCUGCGAUCAUCGAGCAACGGCGGCGGCGGCACGUCACGUUCUCGGAAGGGAGAGGGCGGCAGGCGAGGUCAGCGGUUCGGCCGGCCCUUCUCUCCCGUCCGGCGGGGCUGACAGCGAACAAUCUGGGACCCCCGUCUUUGUUCGACCUGUUGAGCGAGUCCCCCAGAGUCCCCUCGCAGCACUCAAGCCAUGGCCGGCCGGAUUCCUCCGAUAGGUGCACCGCUGCACCACAGGCACCAUUCAUGACCCUCAGCCAUGUGGCAGUGGCUCCUCUGGGCGGCCUGCUGCCUGGUGGUGGGUGCCGAGCUCAUCCAAGAAUUUGAGGUGGCUGAGGGCGUGCCAGCUGGCAGCCUUGUAGGGGUCAUUGGGCGUGACACGGGCACGCAGCCGCCAUACUUGAUCGUGCCGGCACCUGGUUCAGCUGUGGACUCGGAUCUGAGCAUCGACCAGGCCUCUGGACAGGUGCGCACCAGUGUGGUGCUGGACAGAGAACUGCGCAGCGAGUACUCCUUUGUGGCAAUUCCACCCAGCGGCGACAAUGUGCGCGUUACCAUCCAUGUGCUUGACGUCAACGACAAUGCGCCUGAGUUUCCCGUGGACAGUAUGUCACUCGAGUUUCCGGAGAACACACCUCGAGAUGUUAAGCGCACCCUCAGCCCUGCACGAGACCGGGACUUGGGCGAGUUCAGCACUCAGCACUAUCGAAUUGCAUCUGGAAAUGCGGAUGGCGCAUUUCGUCUGGCCUCCCAUCGAGAGCGGGACGAUGUGCUGUAUUUGGACCUACAAAUCAGUGGGGCCCUGGACCGGGAAGCGACACCCUUCUACAGCUUGCAGGUGGAGGCCUUUGAUGGAGGCCGGCCACCACUGAGGGGCAUGAUGACUGUCAACAUCACCAUCCUUGACGUCAACGAUAACCCACCUGCUUUCAACCAAAGUCGCUAUGUGGGGCGUGUGCCAGAGAAUGCCAGUGUGGGCACUGCAGUGCUGCGUGUCCUUGCCUCUGAUGCCGAUGCAGGGGACAAUGGCCAGGUGCGCUAUGCCAUCAACCGGCGCCAGAGUGAUCGUGAUGGUCUUUUUGCAAUUGAUGCUGAGUCAGGCUUAGUGUCUGUCAGCAAGCCUCUGGAUUUUGAGGCCAAGGACACCCACGAAUUGGUGGUGGUGGCACGUGACUGCGGUGACCAACCUUUGGAGGCAACUGCCUUUGUAUCAGUGCUAUUGACUGAUGUGAAUGACAACCAGCCAAGCAUUAACCUCAUUUUUCUCAGCGAUGAUGCAUCACCCAAGGUGUCGGAAGAUGCACGCCCGGGUGAGCUGGUGGCGCGUGUCAGUGUUAAUGACCCUGAUUCCAAAGCAGAGUAUGCCAAUGUCAAUGUGAGUCUCAGCGGAGGUGAGGGACACUUUGGUCUGGCUACUCAGGACAACAUUAUCUACCUUGUCAUGGUAGCGCAGCCGCUGGAUCGAGAGACUCGUGCUCGGUACGGCAUGUUACUGACAGCCACCGAUCAAGGGAGCCCACCCCUGAAUGCCUCGCGCUCUUUUGAGCUGGCCGUCACCGACACUAAUGACAAUGCUCCCGAGUUUGACCAGGACACGUACCAUGCCAGUGUGCUUGAAGUGGCUGACCCCGGCACCUCAGUGCUGCAGCUGACUGCUUCUGACCGUGACGAAGGACGCAACUCAUUGCUGCACUAUUCCAUUCAGCACACUCCGGAUACCUACUCACAGUGGUUCCACGUAGACCCACGCACAGGCCUGGUGACCACACGCACUCCUAUUGACUGCGAGACAAGCCCCGUGCCACGUGUCACUGUGCUUGCUACAGACAGUGGAGAGCCGCCACUGUCGGCUAGUGCUACGCUGCUGGUCACCAUCAGUGAUGUGAACGACAAUGAGCCGAUCUUUGACCAGAGCUUUUACAACAUCACAGUGGCUGAAGAUGAGCCCGUUGGCAAGUGCGUCCUCAAGGUGUCCGCCUCUGAUCCUGACUGUGGUGUGAAUGCCAUGGUGAACUUCACAUUGGGUGGAGGAGCCAGCAGUGACUUCCGCCAGCACUUUGCUGUGCAUCCCAGCACUGGAGAACUGUGCUUGAUAGCCAGCCUUGACCGGGAGCAGAGGAGUUCCUAUGAGAUCCCCAUUGCUGCCACCGACCGAGGUGGCCUGAGCACUAUGGCCAUGGUGAAGGUGUACGUGCGGGACGUGAAUGACAACCGGCCCAUCUUCUACCCCCGCGAGUACAACGUGAGCCUUCGUGAGCAAGAUACCCUGGCCACACCCAUAGCAGUAGUGGUCGCCAGUGAUGCUGACUCCGGGUCCUUUGGAAGCGUCUCUUACCACAUUGUCAGCGGCAACGAUAUGGGCAUUUUCCGAGUUGACCCUACUUCAGGCAAGAUCCCCGACACCGAGGCGCGCAAGGUCAACAGGCAAGUCGCCGUUUUGAAGGCUAAGGAAACUGAGCUCCGCCAGCUAGACAAGGGCAUUCUCGACCUCACGCAAGAUGAAGCUAUUGACGGUGAAAUCGAGGGUGCAACCGACUACCAUGAGAAGAUUCUAUACGCGAUCACUGACGCACAGUUCUUCAUGUCUCAGUGCCAACAGUCGACGUAUCUCAGCGACUUGCCUCUGAGCGGACCCUCUAACGACCGGGUAGCAGCCGCCCAGAGCAACAUCGGAUCUGCUUGUGCGCCGCAAGAAACUGUCAGUACGCUGCGUUACCGGUCUGUUGCACUUCCGACUCUUCACGUCAUGACGUAUGCCGGCGAUUUACGUCAGUGGCAAGAAUUCUGGGACCACUACAGCGCCACCAUUCACAAUAAUACCGAGUUGCCACCAAUCGAGAAAUUCAAAUAUUUACUGACAUACCUGACGGGAGCAACCAAGCGAGCGAUCGAAGGCAUCAGGCUGGCAGACCACAACUACGACAUUGCUGUCAAGACAUUGAAAGAUCGUUUCGGUCGACAAGAACUUCUGGUGCACGAACACAUCAACCAGCUUCUUGCACUGUCACCAGUAAGGAGUUUCAAGGAAGUGGAGAAGCUACGGAUCCCACCGUUGGACACACAGCCUGAACAUGAGGUCUUGGAGGAAGUGGACUGCUUGGAGGAACUGGGCGAGGUUGUGACUGAGCAAAGGGAGGAGCGUGUAGACAAGGAAGGGAAAGCGCUGCUUCUGCCUCGGGGAGCGAAGUGGAGGGCCCCGAAAACGAAAUCGAAGCAUUACCACCACCACGCGAACCUACUGUGCGAGCAUCUCAACGAGCAUAUUCCUACAGAGCAGCAGGAGAGCCAGACAAAGUGGCCCAAACGCCAUGUGCAUGAGUGUUUCACUGCAGGGGAGCUGCUGGUGGUUGGACGGCUGGGAAGGUCGCAGCCGCUGCAUGAGCUCCGGCUGGCCGCACAGGAUGGGGGAGGUUUGCAGUCACUGCUCAAUGCCCGUGUCUAUGUCAGUGUGCUGGGUCGGGGUCAGCAGCCACCCCUGUUCCAGCGACCGCGUUAUGCGUUCCAAGUGCGUGAAGACGCUGCACCACGCACUGUCAUUGGCACUGUGGCUGCUGCUGCUGCUGCCUCUGCCACCACCAGAAAACCGGGGGGUCAGCAGCUCAGGGUGCGCUACUCCAUCUACUCGGGUGAUCCGGAGGGAUACUUCUCGAUUGAUGCCCACCUGGGUAGUAUCCGUGUGGAGCGCCCUUUGGACCACGAGGCACACCCAUUUCUGCUGCUCAAUGUACAAGCUACAGCUGGCACACAGCCUCCUGCCUAUGGACACACUCAGGUGAAUGUGACAAUCUGGGACGUGAACGACAAUGCGCCCCGCUUUGAGAGUGCGGUGCUCAAGCUCAGCUUGCCUGAGAAUGUGGCAGUUGGCACAGCGACGUACGUGGCACAGGCUCACGACGCCGAUGCAGGCCGGAACGGGGCAGUGCGCUACACGCUGCUCGAGGCACCCCCGGGCCUCUUUGAAGUUGGGCCUCGAUCUGGGCGGCUUGCCCUGCUUCGGCCACUGGACUACGAGACGCAACCUCGCAUGCGCCUUGUGUUGGGUGCUGCCGACGGGGGCACCCCAGCACAGUCGGCCUCAAUGACAUUGUUGGUUGAGGUGCAGGAUGUCAACGACAAUGCCCCAGUCUUUGACCGGCCGGCGUACAGUGUCAGCGUGCUAGAGUCCCUGCCAGCCAACUCUCAUUUCCUGCAGGUGAGUGCCACGGAUCGGGACACUGGCAACAAUGCUCGGCUCUCUUUUCGGCUCACAGCCAGUGGGGAGUUUGGCAUCUUCCCAAACAGUGGCCUGCUGUACAUACGUGAGCCACUGGACCGGGAAGUGUGCGAUCUACACUGGCUCUCGGUAGUGGUUGUCGACAACGGAAGCCCUGCCAUGUCGGCCACAGCUAGCGUGGAAGUACACGUCCUCGAUGCAAAUGACAAUGCUCCUGAAUUCAUCGCCACUUCCUUGGAGCUUGCUGUGCCAGAAAAUUUGCCAGCAGGCCACCUGGUUGGCCAACUACAGGCUCGGGACCAAGACGCUGGCAGCAAUGCUGUGCUUCGCUACAGCCUGCUGCACGCCAACGGCAGCAGCUUUAAGAUCGACCCAGCUACUGGUGAUGUGCACAGCCUGGCCACCCUCGAUCGUGAAGUCCAGGCCAGUUACGAGGUGCUGGUGCAAGUGCAAGACCAGGGCACACCCGCUCUUUCAAGCACUGCACGACUGCGUAUUUUGGUGGUCGAUGAGAACGACAAUGCACCAGUUUUUGUGGAACCUCUGGACCGCUUACUGAGUGUGCGUGAGCACCAGCCAGCUGGCAGUGAGCUUGUGCAGGUGCGUGCUGUGGACGCCGACGAAGGACCCAACGGCCAGGUCGUCUAUGAGAUUGUUCCAGGCAGCGGUCAGCAGCGGGAUGGGCGCAUGGCCUUUGCCAUCGAUGCACACACGGGCCGGCUGACCACUCGUCUGGUUCUCGACCGGGAGAGCCAAGAAGAAUUCUCACUGGUUGUGAUGGCUCGUGACCGGGGCCAUCCGCCGCGUGAGGCUCGGCUGGCACUGCUGGUGCGCGUGCUGGGCCUCCACCAUCCACCCGGAGUGGCCACUCCUGGGGGCUCCAUGCGGAGGCUGCACGUACGUGAAGGAGCAGCCGCAGGCACCGUGCUGGGAUCCCUGGCACCGCACCCGGCAGGGGCCACCUUCUGUCUCUUGGGCGAGCCGCUCGUAUUCGAUGUUGGUCAGAACUCUGGCGAUGUGUUCACAGUGGGGGAAGUGGACUUUGAAACGGCCAGCGAGCACCAGCUGCAGGUGCGGCUGGAUGAUGCUGGCACCACCACACUCAUCCACGUCAAGAUUCAAGUGGAAGACGUGAAUGACUGUGCGCCCACUUUUCCGGAGGACCCUGUGCACUUGUCUGUGGCUGAAGACAUCCCCCAAGGAACCGUGGUGUGGACACUUGCUGCUCAAGACCUGGACAGUGCCGAUAAUGGCAAGUUGGUGUACCAGCUAGACGAAGAGUGGCCAUCCGUGGGUGCCUUUGAUGUGGAGCCUUCCACAGGGAAGGUGGUGGUGCGCACACACUUGGAUCGGGAGAGCCAGGCCUCCUUCGUGCUCGUGGUCAGGGCUCAAGACCAGCCAAGCUCGAGUGCUCCGCUGACGGCUCGUGUCACCUGCUUCAUCAGCGUCGAAGAUGUCAACGACCACAGCCCUACUUUUGCUUCGGCCGCAGAGGUUUCCAUUGCACCUGACACUCCUGUGGGCGCUGUCCUGCAGCAGCUUAUUGCUAUUGACCUGGAUGCUGGAGAAAAUGGCCAUGUUUCUUACCACAUAGCAAGUGGAAAUGAUGCAGGCUACUUCUCUCUUGACCGCAACACAGGGCUUCUGACUGUUGCACGACCUCUGGUGGAGCUGCCUGGGAGGCUCGUUCUGAACAUCACUGCCAGUGACAAUGGAUCACCACGCCGUAGUGCCCAUCAGGAGCUGCACGUGCACCGCAGCGAGGCACCACAGCGGCCACCACGCUUUGACGAGUCACACUAUGCAGCAAACGUGUCUGAGGAUGCUCCUGUGGGCACUACUGUGCUUGUGGUUCGCGCGUCAGGAGGAAGAAACCUGUCGUACAGCCUUCCCGCUGGUGGGGGCCACUUUGGUGUGGAUGCACACACUGGCGUAGUGCGUACGUUGGCGCUGCUUGACCGAGAGGCGCAGGCGCAGCACGAGUUUGUCGUGUUUGUGUCUGACGCCCAGAAUCAGGUUGACAGCUGCCUGGUGCUGGUGCGGCUCCUGGACGUCAAUGACCAGAGCCCCGAGUUUGAUGACUCGUGCCGAGGCCUUGCUGUCCCGGAGAAUGGACCGCCAGAGUUGCACACCCUGGUUGCCUGGGACCGGGACGAAGGCCCAAACUCUCGUCUUCUCUACUCCAUCACAGCAGGGAAUGUUGGCGACAAGUUCCGACUGGAGGCCCACACCGGCCGGCUGCUGACAAGUGCACCACUGGACCGGGAAUCAGUGUCCGAGUACCGGCUCACAGUGGUGGCUGCAGACCAAGGCAGCCCCGCCCGCACAGGCAGCUGCACCCUGGUGGUCACUGUGGUGGAUGAGAAUGACGAGCCACCCCGCUUUGAGCAGGCCGUGUACAGCGCUAGUGUAGCUGAGGACGCUGCCCCCAACACCACAGUGCUGGCAGUGCGCGCCCAUGACCCAGACCUAGGACCUGGAGGCCGUGUCUCUUACUCACUGGCAAACGAGACAGCAGCCCUGUUUCGAAUAGACAGUGACACAGGUGUCCUUACCACUACGGGGCUGUUUGACCGUGAAAAAUGUGCCGGCUACAGCUUUGAAGUGCGGGCUUCAGACAGCGGCCGCUACCAGGCCCACUGGGCCCACGCACGCGUGCAAGUCACUGUAGUGGAUGUCAACGACAACAGUCCCCGCUUUCUUGAAUUCCCCUACAUGGCCCAUGUGAGCCCUCAUGCUCCCCUUGGAUCCCAAGUGGCCCUGGUGCAAGCGCAUGAUGGAGAUGAUGGGCCCAAUGCAGAUGUCUUCUACACCACACCAAAUGGUGGCAAGCUGCACCUUGACACGGACACCGGGCUGGUGACAGUGGCUGCAAGCUUGGUAGCCGACAGUGGCCGGCUGCUGCGCCUGGAUUUGGUGGCUCGAGAUCGUGGUCGCCCCUCUCGCAUGGCCAGUGGAGUGCUGGAGGUAUGGGUGGGGCCUGUGGCAGGCUUACGGCUGGAUUUCUCCAAUGCAACCUAUGUGGCACGGCUGCCUGAGGGGGCAGCGACAGGCUCCGCAGUGCUACAGACUCAAGCCUCAGCCAAGAGCCAGCCUGGCCUGGCUGUCACUUACAGCCUAGGGCCAGACCAGGAUCAAGGGCCCUUCAUCAUCCACCCGACCAGUGGCACUGUGAGUGUACGAGAUUCCCAGCAGCUGGACUAUGAGGAGCGCCCUGAGCUGGAGCUGCCACUGUGGGCACAUGCGGAGACACCCUCGGGGGCCAUGCUACACGGCUAUGCCCGGCUGUUGGUGCAGCUGCUGGACCAAAAUGACAAUUCACCACGUUUCUCCCAAGAGCGCUAUGUGGCCUCCGUCUGGGAGGGCCGCUCCCGUGGAACCUUUGUUGCGCAGGUGUCGGCACUAGAUGCAGACCAGGGGAGUGGGCUGGUGUACCACAUAGCAGGUGGCAACGUGGACCAAGCAUUUGUGCUGGAGCCCCCCUUGAGUGGCCACGUGCGCACCAACACUGUUCUGGAUCGUGAAAUUCGGGACACCUAUCUGCUCACCCUUGUGGCGACCGAUGAUGGCCAGCCACCUCGCACAGGGUCAUGCACUUUGCACAUCACAGUGAUUGACGCCAACGACAACCAGCCUGUCUUCCCACCGGACAGCGUUGUCAGCAUUCGUGAAGAUGCUCGAGUGGGCUCCACGGUGACCACCAUCACAGCCAACGAUGUGGACACGCACCCAGUGCUGCGCUACUCUUUGGCUGAGCCACGUGGCACCUUUGUGGUGGACCACUUCUCGGGUCGCCUGCUACUGGCCGAAGCGCUAGACUACGAGCAGCAGCGCGAGUAUCAGCUGCGGCUGCAUGUCUCCGACACGGCACACGUCGCCGAGACCCUGGUGACCAUCCGUGUGCUGGACACCAACGACCACGCACCUCGCUUCUUGCAGCCAUUUUACAACGUGCCCAUUUCUGAGGCGGCAGCACUCGGGUCAUCUGUGGUCACUGUAAGCGCCACUGAUCUUGACUCUGGUGACAAUGCCAAGAUCCACUACAGCUUCACCGGCUUUUCUGAUGGUUUUUACAUUGACCGACAGACGGGCACAGUGUACACCAACCAAAGCCUCGAGUGGGACUUGAGCCGGCCAGUGAUGCAACUACUGGUUCGAGCCACCGACAACGGCCACCCAGCCCAGUCAAGUGUCGUCCCACUGCGCAUGCACCUGGCAGACAUUAACCACAGUGCGCCCAAGUUUCUGGAGACUGUCUACAGAGCCAGCAUACCAGAGAACACCCUUCCCGGUUCUACACUCCUGCGAGUGUCAGCCAGCGACCAAGAUGGGCGUGUGGAGUACCGUCUCUUGGACACAGCUAGUGGGCGGUUCGUGCUGAGCCAUGGUUCCCUGGUACUAGCACGGGCACUGGAACCACGUGCACGAUAUGCAUUGCGUGUUUUGGCUACAGACCUGGGCCGGCCUCCACGCAAUGCCACUGCACAGUUGCUCAUAAACGUCGAGGGUCGUGGGCCACUAGCAUUCACGCAGGCCCGCUACGAGGUGUCCAUCUCGGAGGGCGCUCCAUUGGGCCACACACUGCUGCAUCUGGGCCCUUUGAUGCCAGGCCUCCGUUACACCAUCACCUCGGGAAACCGACUGGGGUGCUUCCAGGUUGAUGCAGCUGGCGACCUUGUCGUGGUUGCAAAGCUGGACUAUGACGUGCUUCCUGAGCAACGACUUGUCGUGUGUGCCACAGACAACAGUGGUUGGGCAGCGUUGACCAGCGUGCUGGUCCACUUGCAGGAUGAAAAUGACAAUGCCCCACGCUUCCCACUGGCCGAGUAUGUUGCCUCACUUGAAGAAGGGGCACCAAUGGGCAGUCCUCUUCUCGUGGCGCGAGCCAUUGAUGGUGACAGGGGCCCAUUUGGUAGGCUCAAUUACUCGCUCGUUGAAGGUACCCAGUUAGUUGACAUGGACAGUUCCACAGGUGCCCUGACCUCAGCAGUUGUCUUUGAUUAUGAGGCACAGCCACACUUUCAGCUCACUGUGCGAGCCACUGAUUCAGGUGGACGUUGGGCAACAGCUCGCGUUCACGUUCAUGUUCUCAGUCGCGAUGAAUUCAUGCCAGUGUUUGACCAGGAGGAGUAUAGGUUUGCAGUGCCUUUGGGUGCCCCCAUAGGGUUUGUGGUUGGCCGUGUUCAUGCAACUGACCGCGACCGUGGACCUGACGGCCGUGUUUUGUACCAGAUCCGUGGUGGCAGUGCCCAUUUCCGCGUCAAUGCAUCUUCGGGCACUCUGUCCGUACGUGCCCAGUGGUCCGGUGGCGCACGUCUCGAAGUGGUGGCAAGCUCGGGCCGGCGUGGCUCUUUGGUGGCCUCCACUGGAGUAACGUUUGAGGAGGCACCAGCAGCGCCUGCCGCUGCUUCAGCAUCACACGGUUUGCCAGCUUGGGCAUUGGCCUUGCUCUUACUUGCACUGAUGGCAGUGGCUGGGCUUGCAGCUGCUGUUGUACUUCUGCGGGGCCGACUACAAACCAAGCGGACUGCCGAGCCUAACCUGGACACGUCAUUUGACACUGUCGACUUGCGGCGGGACCCAUUUCCAGCCUUCUACGAGAGGCCUGAUGAUGCAGCUGGUGCCAUGCACACUUCUGAGGUGUCCGAGCAGUCGAGUGGACGUGGCUCAGCUGAAGACGAAGACGAGGAGAUUCGCAUGAUUAAUGAAGGCCUGCGGCCACAGGGUGACAGUGGCUCUGACAUGUCGGUGCGCAACACCCACGAAUACCUGGCCCGACUGGGCAUCGACCCUGCAGCACCCAUUGACUCCUGGGCAAAGGCACCUAGUGCACCUGCUGAUGAUGAAGACCUGUCAAGUCUGCUCUACGCAAAGCUGGAUGAACCAGCCGAGAGCUUGGGUGAGCCAUCAAUGACGGGUUCAUUAAGCUCCAUUGUGCAUAGUGAAGAGGAGCUGGCUGGCUCGUAUAACUGGGACUACCUACUUGACUGGGGGCCUCAGUACCAGCCACUGGCACACGUUUUUGCUGAAAUUGCCAGGCUCAAAGAUGAUGUGCGGGUUGGGGGUGCCCCACCGCGCUCCCCUGUUGGAGGUGCAGUGGACGACAGUUACGCUGCUGCCCUGUCGCCCUCCUUCUCACCCGCACUGCUUCCUCUCGCCUCGAGGUCACCUUCACCUCUGCCUUGUUUGCGCCGAACACAACCAGACUCCUAGGUUCACAUCAACUGCACAAGAAAUGUGUAAAACAUCCUUUCCGGGUUGUAUCAUUUUAUGUACAUGUGCUACAUGCCCAUCAUCACAUACAUGUGCAGCGCAUUGGCAUUCAAUUAACGUGGGUCUUGGAGGCCGUAUAAUGCACUUCGUAGAUCGAAUACAAAACUGUUUGACAACUGUGCUAACCUCAACAGCAGCCAUGCUGUUCCCAGUGAUUCCAAAUGGUGGUACUGUCAUUGCAGAGUAAGCUGGCACAAGUGCCUUUCAUAGCAUGUGGUGCUCCUGCAUUUACAGCUAGCUUUUGCAAUGCAGCAGUUUGGGACGUCGGUAAUCCAUUUUGAAGAGAACUAGAAGCGCACGGAAAACAUGGACAAAAAAAGAUGCACACACACACACGCAUACAAGCGCCUGUGUGUGUGUACAUGUGUACCUUUUUUCGUCCAUAAUUUCCGUGCACUUGUAGUUCUCUCAGCUUUUGCAGUUCACAAUUCCAUUAUCAAGUUUGUAGGGGUGGCUGGACUUGUACCAUCUAAUGGCUUCAUAUUGAGAAAAGCUGGCCUACCUCAGAAAAAGAGCUUUUGACCGUGUUCACACCAAGGGGCUUGUGGUGAGCAACUGAUGCGAUUUGACUAAGAUAGAUAGGCUGUUAAUAAAUGAUCCAUGUACUAAAUUGGUGAAUUCAAAAUGCAGGUAACCAGUUCUCAAUUGAAAGUUACACAGUGGAUGCCAAAGAAUGGGAAGCUUAUCAGAGUUAAAUUGUGCAGUGAAAUUUGCAGAUUUUAGUCGUACGAACUAGAUGGGUCUGAUUGGCGAGACUUGAUGCAUUAUAAGCUAUGUGCUUAGAAACACCCCUUCCUUCCUAAUGCAUGCAAUUGCCUCCAAGGCACAGCUGCUGCACCUGUAUGGUGCCGGUUCAUCUGACAUCUCAUGUGAAUGUGUGGGCAAAGUCAGCACACACUGUGUUUGGUGGGUUUAGUAGAUGCUUUCAUUAUUGUUAUCCAAAAUCUUGUACUGUAUAUUUACCUUAUCAUGAUUUUUGCAGAAAUGAUGUCCUGUGCUUAUACAAUAAUGUUUAUGGUGUUGUAUGAAGUUGUGACCUGUUGGCAGACACUGAAAUAAAGAAAUAAAAAAAAGACUAUGAUGUACAGAACAACACAUGCACACCGUCCAGGCAAAUGCGUCAUUAACGUAUGCACUACAUUAUGUGUGUGUGUUCUAUGCGGAAUGCAUUUGCCAUGCCUAAGCACAUAUUCCUACUCAGUAUAGGUAUUACAAGGCAAUAGGGCUACUGUGUAGCAACCAUUUGGCUAUUGGCAAUGCUUUCUCCCAGCUAUGGUUUUGUAUUUUCACAAGUUUAGUGUGUUCACAAUAAUUUAUUUUAUGGAAUAAGAUUCUGAAAUUGCUGUUUAAAAUUGUGCAAAUGUUACUGAAAAAAAACAAAGCAAACACAUUGGCUCAUGGCUGAAAAUGCAUGGCACCAGACAGGAUUGACUUCUACCACAGAGAACUUCCUGUGACCUUUACUUACUCCAAGCUGAAGUUUUGUGAAUUUAUGCUAACACUAUUUUUGAAUAACUCUUACACAUCUGAACUUCCACUGAGUACCAUGUGACUAACAUAGAAGUGGCACAAAUUUGUACAUGGGACGAUUUGUUUUUGACAGGCCUAAUGAAGAACAUGUCAGAAUCGAAUAUCUGAAAAGUCUGUUGGCACUGUACUUGUUUUUGCCAGUCACUUGGCACGGCUGCAUCACACUUGGUGAGCCAAUGUACCGACUGAUCACUUGGUUGCAUUCUUGUGGUAGUACAGAAGACAUGUUAGUAAUUUAUUAUUGUGUGUUGUAUUAGCAUGGCCAUGAAAAUCUGCAGCGGGCUCUUUGCUGGCCCUGUGUGUGUUUGCAUAUAACAAAUAUAUUUUCGUGGCUGAUGAGGUUGUAGUACAACGGGCAGCUUGAUGUGGUGAAUGACAUCACAGAGAAGCUUCAUGUGGUUUGCACUUGACAUUACAGAGCAUCAUUUGCCAUUGCUGCUAUAUUGCUUCAAAAUAGUGUUGUUGUCGUUGUUGUUGUUGUUGUUGUUUUUAACAGCUCUCAUCACAUCUUCACUGCCACAAGUUGGCUUUUUACAACAAGUUUUUAAACUUGUAUUUCUGUAAAACAUGCGGUCUGUACAGUGAAAAUUAUCUGGGAUAGGUAUGCUGCUGUAGACGAUUACUGUGCCUGAUCUUGUGAGUAUUUCUAACCUGUAUCCAGUGCAACAUGGAUUCCUAUUGUGAUCAUGACUGCCAUAGCUGUGCCAACAACUCUGUCAAAGCUGUGAUGCAAUUUUGGCAAGCCACUUUGUGUGCUGAAACAGCUCUACUUUUGUGCCUUUAUCCGCUUCCCCAAUAUGUAGUGCUGCAAUUCUGUACAAAUGUUUUGGCCAUGUAAAUAUAAUGUUGUCCCAGAGGCCGCUUGGAACUACCUCAUAAGUGCGGCUUGUGUAGUGAGAAAUAAAAAUUGCUUGAUCCUUUCA